GCCACAAAACGAACGAGCUGCUCCCAGGCCGCCGCCGACGCCUGGACUCGACCGGCGACCGCUUCCCCAAUACAAACCCUAUUUUGAGUGGCUGGCUGCUGCUCCUUGCUACCCCCUUGCUGUGCUUGGCUGCUCGCUUGAAUGCUUGUGCUGCCGUAUCGGUGUUUUUUUAAGGGAAUAAGUAGCCAAGCUUUACAGUGGCGAAAUGGUGCAGUCUAAUUUCAAGAAAAUCACUGUUGUCCCUCCCGGGAAGGACUUCAUUGACAUAAUCUUGUCCCGCACUCAGAGGCAAAUGCCAACUGUUGUCCACAAGGGCUAUGCUAUCAACCGCAUUCGCCAGUUCUAUAUGCGCAAGGUUCGCUACACUCAACAGAACUUCUACGAAAAGCUGUCCACCAUCAUCGAUGAGUUCCCCCGACUGGAUGACAUCCACCCUUUCUAUGGCGAUCUCCUUCAUGUGCUCUACAACAAGGACCACUACAAACUUGCCUUGGGCCAGAUCAAUACGGCUAGAAAUAUCAUUGCAAAGAUCUCCAAGGACUAUUUGAGGCUGCUCAAGUAUGGAGACACCCUGUACCGGUGCAAGUGCCUCAAGGUUGCUGCACUAGGUCGCAUGUGUACUGUUCUGAAGCGCAUCAGUCCUAGUUUGGCAUACCUGGAGCAGAUCAGGCAGCACAUGGCCAGGCUUCCAUCAAUUGACCCAAACACCCGUACUAUCUUGAUUUGCGGCUAUCCAAAUGUUGGGAAGAGCUCUUUCAUGAACAAGGUUACAAGGGCUGAUGUGGACGUACAGCCUUAUGCUUUCACAACAAAAUCCCUUUUCGUUGGCCAUGCAGAUUACAAGUAUCUGCGGUACCAAGUGAUUGACACUCCGGGGAUCCUUGAUCGGCCUUUUGAGGACAGGAACAUCAUAGAAAUGUGCAGUAUCACCGCUCUUGCCCACUUGAGGGCUGCUGUGCUGUUCUUCUUGGACAUCUCUGGUUCUUGUGGGUACACUAUUGCUCAGCAAGCUGCACUCUUCCACAGUAUAAAAUCCUUGUUCAUGAAUAAGCCUCUAGUCAUUGUGUGCAACAAGACUGAUUUGCAGCCGCUUGACGGGCUUUCUGAAGAGGACAUGAAGCUGGUAAUGGAGAUGAAGUCAGAGGCUAUGAAGACUAUACCUCAAGGUGGAGAUCCUAGUGAAGAGGGUGUUUUGUUGACUAUGAGUGCUUUAACAGAUGAGGGUGUGAUGGCUGUUAAAAAUGCUGCAUGUGAGAGGCUUCUUGAGCAGAGGGUGGAGAUCAAGAUGAAAUCAAAGAAGAUCAAUGACUGCUUAAAUAGGUUUCAUGUUGCUAUGCCCAAGCCUCGUGACAACAGAGAUAGGCCUACUUGCAUUCCUCAGGCUGUUCUUGAAGCUCAAGCAAUUGCUGCUGCAAAGGAAAAGAAGAAACUUGAGAGGGACCUUGAGAAUGAGAAUGGAGGUGCUGGUGUCUAUUCCGCCAGUCUCAAGAAGCAUUACUUAUUGGCCAAUGAUGAAUGGAAGGAAGAUAUUCUCCCUGAGAUAUUGGAUGGGCAUAAUGUUGCUGAUUUCCUGGAUCCGGAUAUCUUGGAAAGGUGUGAAGAACUGGAAAGGGAGGAGGGUCUUCGUCUUGAAGAAGAAGCUGCUCAGGAUGCUUUCAUGGUUGAUGGCCAUGACGAGUUAACUGAAGAACAGCGUGAGAUAUUGGGUAAGAUUAGGAAGAAGAAGGCAAUGUUCAUCCAAGAGCAUAGGAUGAAGAAGAGUACUGCAGAGAGCCGGCCUAUUGUUCCAAGGAAGCAUGACAAAGAUAGGAAAUUCACAACCAAGAGAUUGGGCAGACAACUCACAUCUAUGGGCGUUGAUCCUACUGCGGCUGUGAACCGACUUCGCAGCCAGUCAAGAGGCCGUAAGCGUGAGAGGUCACUGAGCAGAGCUGAUGGUGACGCUAUGGACGUUGAUGGCCAGCAUUCCGACAAGAAACUGCGUACAAGGUCGAGGUCCAGGUCCAAGUCACGACCAAUUGAAGAGGUUGUGCCAGGUGAAGGACUCAGGGACACUGCUCAAAAGAAGAAGGCCAUCAAGAAAUCAAGGGACUCUGUGAAGAACAGGAACAAGGAGGCUCGCCGUGGAGAGGCUGACCGCGUCAUCCCCACCUUAAAACCGAAGCAUCUCUUCUCUGGGAAACGAGGCAUUGGAAAGACCAGCAGGCGAUAAGCCAGCCAAUCUGGACAUUGCUGCUUGCGAUCACUGGAUCAGGAAGUACAGGAUCACUGGUAUUUUUGGUGCUGGGUAUCUAUGGGGGAGGCUUGAGCACACCAAGCUGGCAGGAGAUACUACUAGUAUCUACAUUUUCAUUUUUGUCUGUUACGCGUUGUCCUCAUUUGUUAGAUUAUGCCGAUCGUUGCCGAAGUGUAUGGUACCUUUGGUUUAUUCCGCGCUAGUGUGGAGUAGACUCAAAUUUUGUUUGAUGA